UUCUACUUGAACGAUAGAAUUGUAAACCAAAAGCCGCAGUCCCCAAUUGUUUGAACCUAAAACAGGGGAAAAGGAAGGACAUGUUUAUGCUCUCAAUACCCAAAUUGUUCUACUUCAAACCUACUCGCAAACUCUCCCCUUUCUUAACUCCCUUCCUUCAUUCUUCCUCCUCCUUCUCUCUAAUGGCGUUCAAUUCAACUUCCCCAUGUCCAUCUCCUUCUAGGGUUUCCACUUUCUCAACUUGGUCUCCCAUUAAUGGGCAACUGAAGCGGGUCGGUACCCACAAUGGAAGCUUUCAUUGCGAUGAAGCUCUGGGCUGCUUCAUGAUUCGACUCACCAACAAAUUCUCUGGUGCUGAAAUCGUUCGAACUCGCGAUCCCCAGGUUUUGGAGACAUUAGAUGCAGUUUUAGAUGUAGGAGGAGUGUAUGAUCCAAGUAGAGAUAGAUUUGAUCAUCAUCAAAAGGGUUUUGGAGAGGUUUUCGGACAUGGGUUCACUACCAAACUUAGUAGUGCUGGUCUUGUUUAUAAGCAUUUUGGGAUGGAGAUCAUUGCAAAGGAGCUAAGGCUUGAUGAAGGGCACCAAGAUGUUUUCCGAUUGUUUAUUGCUGUAUACCGGAACUUCAUGGAGGCUAUUGAUGCAAUUGAUAAUGGGAUCAAUCAAUUUGAUACUGACCUGCCACCAAGAUAUGUCAACAAUACCCAUUUGUCUUCAAGAGUUGGAAAACUGAAUUUGGAUUGGACUGAUCCCGAUCAAUCGGCUGAGAAGGAGAAUGAAGCUUUUGAGAGAGCAAUGAAUUUAGCUGGCGGCGAGUUUUUGGAUAAUCUACGUCAUCUUGCAAAAUCUUGGUUACCAGCUCGAUCAAUUGUUGUGGAGUGUCUCCAAGCAAGAAAAGAUGUUGAUCCUAGUGGAGAGAUUAUGGUCUUGAAUAGAUUCUGUCCUUGGAAACUUCAUCUUUUCGAGCUUGAGCAGGAGUUGAACAUUGAUCCUCCCAUCAAAUAUGUUCUUUACCAGGAUGACAGAAGCAAACAAUGGAGAGUGCAGGCAGUGGCAGUAUCCCCUGAUAGAUUCGAGAGUAGGAAGCCUCUUCCAGAACCGUGGAGAGGGUUGAGGGAUGACGAUCUGUCAAAAGGUUGCAACAUCCCCGAGUGUGUUUUUGUGCAUAUGAGCGGUUUUAUUGGUGGAAAUGCAACGUACGAGGGUGCCCUUGCAAUGGCAAAAGCAGCUUUGAAGUUUUGAGCUUGCAUACGGUAUUCACUUUAUUAACGAAGCUGAUGGUGAUUUGAGAUACAUUUACUUUGACCGGAUUGAGUCGGAAUUAAAAUUUUUACUGAUGAUUGUUUUUCCUUUUUUUAUGUGACAAAAUUGAAUGUUAUGUAAACUUCAUGGCUUUAAAUGAAAUAUGAAUGAUUGUAGGAAUUGCAUUUUCUGGAAUUCAUACAUAAGUUUCCUUUUA